AUGUUUACAGAACUUGCAUACAAUGCCUCCAAAAGAAUAAAUUAAAUACAGACCGAUCUAUAAACAAGGGAAAAACUGAAAUAACAGAGUAAAUCGACUGGCCUCAUUGAUGCAGAAAUCAACUCCACUAUAAAAUAUUUAGAUAAUGAAUUGGAUUAAUUGGAUUUAGAAAUUAAAGGAUAUACCGCCAAUUAGAAUUGCAAUUUGUUGGCUAAGGAAAUUUAGAAAAGGAGAAAUUUAUACAAUGAAUUAGCUUAAAAACGAUAAGAAAUCAAAAAACGAAUUGAACAGAAUCACUUAAACUAUUUAUAACAAUAAUUGACAUAAAAUAAAUCAAACAAAAAGAAUUAUGAAAGUUUUGGGUAAAUGGACGCUCUUAAGAUGCACGGUGAAAUAACCGAUAGAUAGGAUGAAUAUCUGAGUAAGAUUAAUGACAAGGUCCUUAAUAUCAAAUAUUCAUCGCAAAAUCUAAGCAAAUAAAUCAAGGAAUAAAAUGGAAUGAUAGAUUAAUUACACGAAGAUACUGAUUAUGCAAAUUAAGCUAUGAAUAGAUUGAAAAAUAAAAUGAAUUAUUUUUUAGAUUAAUCCAGUUCUUGGAAACUAUUAAUAAUUUUAUUUUCGGAAAUCUUCGUGUUUAUUUUUGUAGUCAUUAUCUGAUUAAUAUGUGUAUAAGUUAUAAUACAUUCUUUUUACAGAA